GAGUCGGAGCGCGGGCCGGAGCCGGAGCGAGAGCGCGGCGCAGCGCCCCAGGAACCGGCGGCAGCGACGGAGCGGAGCCGGGCGCGGGAUGGCCCACGGACCCGCGCGCUCUUCUGCUCCACCUAGAGCCCUGCCCGCGGCCCGGGAUGCCAAGAUCUCUGGACCGCAAGCCUGCACUGUUUUGAGAGGGAGAUGACUUGAGUGGCCAGCUCUUAUCUCCACAACAAUGUCCACGAACAAUUCCAAACAGCCAGUGUCUCCUGCAGCUGGGCUCCUUUCAAAUACAACUUGCCAAAUGGAAGAAGAGCUUUCAAUAUCUUUUUCGAUAACCUUCAUGACAGUGGGAAUCUUAUCAAACAGCCUUGCUAUUGCUAUUCUCAUGAAGGCAUACCAGAGAUUUAGACAGAAGUACAAGUCAUCGUUUUUGCUUUUGGCUAGUGCUCUGGUAAUCACAGAUUUCUUUGGGCACCUCAUCAAUGGAGCUAUAGCAGUCUUUGUAUAUGCUUCUGAUAAAGACUGGAUCCAUUUUGACAAAUCAAACGUCCUUUGCAGUAUUUUUGGUAUCUGCAUGGUAUUCUCUGGUCUGUGCCCACUUUUUCUAGGCAGUGUGAUGGCCAUUGAGCGAUGUAUUGGAGUCACCCAACCAAUAUUUCACUCUACGAAAAUUACAUCCAAACAUGUUAAAAUGAUGUUGAGUGGAGUGUGCUUUUUUGCUGUUUUCGUAGCUUUGCUGCCCAUCCUUGGGCAUCGUGACUAUAAAAUUCAAGCGUCGAAGACCUGGUGUUUCUACAAUACAGAUCACAUCAAAGACUGGGAAGAUAGGUUUUAUCUUUUACUUUUUUCUUUUCUGGGACUCCUAGCCCUUGGUAUUUCAUUUUUUUGCAAUGCCAUCACAGGAAUAUCACUUUUAAGAGUUAAAUUUAAAAGUCAGCAGCACAGACAAGGCAGGUCUCAUCAUUUUGAAAUGGUCAUCCAGCUCCUGGGUAUAAUGUGUGUCUCCUGCGUUUGCUGGAGUCCGUUUCUGGUGACAAUGGCCAGCAUUGGAAUGAAUAGGCAAGAUUUUAUGGGUGCCUGUGAAAGAACCCUUUUUACUCUUCGAAUGGCAACAUGGAAUCAAAUCUUAGAUCCCUGGGUGUAUAUUCUUCUACGGAAGGCUGUCCUUAAGAGUCUCUACACAUUUACCAGACGCUGUUGUGGAGUACAUAUCAUCAGCUUACAUGUUUGGGAGCUCAGCUCCAUUAAAAAUUCCUUAAAGGUUGCUGCUAUUUCUGAGUCACCAGUUACAGAGAAAGUAACUCAGCAAACAAGCACCUAGUUCAGUAGGAUGGUAAAUCAGUGUAGGUCUAGGACCAAAUUAAGGAAAGUUUUGGCAAUAUUUCAGUUAAUGUAUAAAUAUAGAGAGCCUAACUGGAAAAAUCAACCCUCAGCCAGAUAGUCUGGGGGGGAACUUUUGUCAGAUUUGGCUUUCGAAAUUUGUUAAAUUAACUGUAUAACUGCGCAUUUUCACAUGUUUUUUUCAACCGGAGGUAAACGUGAUGAAAUAAUGCCACAGGAGUCAAAUUGAAAACAAUUUUGUGCUUAUCUGUGUUAUUGAUGCUUUUGGAACAAGUAACUCUCUUGAAGCCUGUAGCAUUUACUUGGCCUACUACCUGUGCAGUGAAAUGGCUAUUUGGGGGUGUCACUGCUCUAUAGCAGUUCCUUAUAGACUAGGCACAGUGAAGCGGAGCGCCCUCUCUUGACCUGGUCUGUUUUACCCCAGAUUAUGUAGCCUCAAUUAGUGUGUUGUCACGUCACAGUGGAUUCACUGUGGCUUUUUAUAAUGACUUCCACGUACGUGAGGUGUGGCUGUCAGUUUACCUGAUCUUGUGAGCCUGUUUAGAAUGAGCCUAUCCUUGUCAUAUUUGACAGAUACGACUGCUUGCAUUUAUUAUUACGGAGGUCAAGUGUUGUUUGAAGAUAUUCUUGUUAAGUCAUAGUUUUCAAGUAAUCACCAUUUCCUCUGAAAAUUCUAGUGUAUAGUCAAUAAUUUUUAGAGAAACAAAGGCUCUGUGAGCACGUGUAUAGGUGACAUGCAUUAUAUCAGUUCCUAAGAAGCUCUGCCACGGAUAAUGCAAACAAGUAGAACUUAAACCCCAAGUGAUAGGUGCAAAGAACAUUGGCAAAUGCGCUUUACCUUCAGAGUCAUUGACACGGUGUCAUUUCUAUGUCAGGGAACAAAAGAAACACAACCUCUAGAGAAUAAUAUUCAAAGACCAUCUGCAGCUAGUGUGGUUCUUUCCACUUACACACACACACAUACACACACACACACUCUCACACACACACAAAGAACAUCAGAAAUUUCAGUUGAAGAGGGCUCCUUAAAUCUGUAAUGUGGCAUCUUCUAAAGCCUGUGCUACCAAUGCCAAGGAGAGGGUUGGCAAUUAGCAGGCAUUUUGAGACCCUUAUAAUGGCUAACCAAGAGAUCAAGGGUUGAAAUCUUUCCCCAAAUUUCUCAGUGAUAUUUUAAACUUUAUCUUUGCUUGUUUGUAUAACUUAACCCAAAGAAUUUUAGCAAUCAUUCAAAAUGUCAUGGGUCUAUCACAGCAUAGGGUAGCUAGUUCUGCUUUAUAAUAGGGAAAUGCAUUUCUGUAAAAAGAGUCCCUUCAUUAACUGGGGUCUGUUUUAAAAUUAAUCUUCCCUGUGAGACUGAUUUUAGAUUCUCUAGGGAAUCUGUGCAGUUCAAUUAGACUUAAAUUAUUAUUUUCACAAAUUUUUGCUUUUGACUGGUAAUUUACAUUGAAAGUUAUUGUUAACUUUGGUCAAUGUUGGUAAAUUCUAAUGAAUACAUUAAAAGAAAUUAAGCAAAUAGCCUCAGUGAAAAUUUAAAGACAACUAUCUUUUUUUCCAAUGAAUUUAAAGUAGGGCAACAUACAUAUACACACUGGCAUAUGAUAGUCUUAGUUUAUGACCAGUAAAUGAUGAAUCAUACAAAUGCAGGUCAUUCUCAUAUAUAGAGUACAGAGUAGGUGCUUGAUACUUGCCAAAACUGGAAAGAAUUUCUUGGUGCAAAUGAGCAUGGAUGUGCAAAGUUUUUGUGCAUUUUUAAACUGGCAACUACAUACUGGUUAUUUUAAGAUAUACAUAUAUAUAUAUAUAUAUAUAUAUAUAUAUCUUCAGUGUAUAUACUUAAAAAAAAGCCAUUGCAGUUUGUUAUCAUUGUUGUAUUACAUAAAUGUUCUCAUGUGUUUUAGGAGCACUUAGAGACUAAAAGAACUUGUAGACGGUUUAGAGGAGAUAUGUAUUUCCUACAGUUGCUUGAGAGAGUGUUGACAUAUUGUGAGAUGAGGCACAAGGAACCAAAGCUCCAUCCUUUCUCCUCAGGCUGGGCAGCACGCUGCAGCGAACACUCCCAUAGAGCCUGAUCUGGGAGAGAUGUGGAGGAGAAACCCUCAUUCAGAGUUUUAGGCCUCUUCUCCUUGUGGCUUCUACACAAAUGACAGAAUUGUUGCUCUAUUGCCAUGAUGUCACUCUGGCCAUGUGUGUCUGCAUUGAGGAGAUAUUGUGACAUGACCAUGUGUGGGAGAGUAUGAGCUUAGCAUGCAAGAUUUUGGGGAGUGACAGGGUGGUCAUUCUCUGCACAACCUGGAAGGGUUAUCUCUAUUAUCUGAGAGUAGGUUUAGGGUAACUAAAUUGGUUUUAUGAUGCUGUUAAACUCAAAAAAUAAACACCAAAAAUUGAAAAAAAAAUUAGUCAAAGAAUAUGUGUGUUUACAUUGUGUUAGGCUUUUUUGUCCACAGAAAGUGAAAUAAAGUGAACACAACAAUAUGCAUAUCUGACUUAAUUGUAUUUCUGUUAUUAUAUGUAUUUCAGUGUAGUUUGACAAUUUAUUGUAUAAGGAAUAAUAAAUGGAGCAUCUACCAAUAAUUUUCAUAUAUUUGUUCAAAGUACUGGAAGUAAAUAGUGUUCAGCAAGUUUACCAGUUUUGAAGUUUUAUACUCUAUUUUAAAAUUUAUCAUUAGACCAUCAGAGUAAUUGAAUUUCCCUUCUCAUUGGAUAAAGUAGUAGCUAGGCAACUUCACAUGCAGUUUGAUCAAAUUAUUUCUGGGGAAUUAUAUUACUCUAGGCAAAUUACUUGAAAAUACCAGACUUUUCCUGAUGUUAGUGAACUUUAAAAAAAAUGAGACCAAAAAACCCCCAACAGCACAUGGGUUUUCAUGCUUGUGAAUGCAGAGACAAGUAACGCUGAUUCAUAAUUAGCUGUAAGUGUAUCCCAAAACAUCAGAUUUUUUGCUGAUGGAUUUAACUAGAUGAUAGAAAUAUGUUCUUUAAACAUUUUUUCUAAAGGCAGAAAGCUGCUUCUAACUAUCUGUAUUGCUGAAGUGGAAAAUACUUAAAAGUUAACACACACACACACACACACACACACAUAUAUAUACAUAGAUAUAUCUGUCUUGUAAAACAGAUGGUCUUGUUUGAUCAUUUUCAGUCUUAAAAUGAAAAACCUACUUUAGUUUUGUGCUAAUCUGAGUUUAGAAUCCAAAUAAGAUUAUUUGUUAAAUAAAUAAAGUGAACUUUUUUGUGAAACUUAUUGCUAGCGUCACCUAUAUCACCAUUAUUGCUCUAAAUUAAUUGUCUAAGGUGAGAGUAUAAAGGAUGGGAGUGUAUAUUUUCCUCCUUCUUCAUCUGGAGGUCAGAAUAUUUUACCACCUGGUAAAGAAUAGUGUUGGACUUCAACUUGUUAUUGACAUAUUUUAACAGUAGAUGAAAUGUGUUACGUGAAUAAAUGUAUUUUGUUCUCUUCAUACUUGUUGGAUUGCAUAAGAGAGUAAAGAGUGAUAUGUGUAUUUUGUGGCUUCCAUCAGUACGCAACUCAUGUAAUUUUAGUGCUUUGACUAGUUUAAAGCUUUAAACAAAUGAUUUUUAAAAAAUAAACUUGGACUGAUGUUUA